UCUAGUUACCUCGUCCCUCUGAUGGUUGGCUCCGAACCCAUUCACGUUCUUUGCCAAAUGGGAAACUUUGGAUGUGGAAAUGGGGGCUGGACACCAGUCAUGAAGAUUAAUGGCGAAUUGGGAACUUUCCAUUAUGACGCAGAGUAUUGGACCGAUAAGAGGAGCUACAACCUUGCUGGAGGAAGGACUGGGUUUGAUUCACAGGAAACUAAGUUACCAACGUUCUGGAACACCUCUUUCUCUAAAAUCUGCCUCGGUAUGAGGAUCGGCCAGAACAAGAAAUUUAUUGUGAUGAACAAACAGGCCGAGUCUCUGUACUCACUGAUAGUUGAUGGGAUAUACCGCAAUACGUCACUGGGACGUGACACGUGGAAGAAGCUGAUUGGUCCAGAUGCAUCUCUUCAAUCGAACUGUAACAUGGAAGGUUUUAAUGCAGUGAGUUUAGACAGUGGUCAUGCGAGGGCAAGAAUCGGCAUCAUAGGCAACAACGAAGAGGAUUGCAAACGUGCUGAUUCCUGGCUUGGGUUUGGUGCAGGAGUGAUCACUGGUGAAUCCCUGACAUGUGGUAACUAUGCAACAGCCAACCCAGAUAAUGGUGACAGAGCCAUAGAUGCCUUUGGAUACAUCUUUGUGCAGUGAAUUUUUUACAUUUGGGUUGAUAACGUUAAGAAAGAUCCAAGAUAUGCGAGAACGUUCGACUUUGAUUCGCUACUCCCACAAAUUCAUGGGGAUAUCACUAUAACCAUUUGCACGAUAUUUGCGACACUCGAGCUGAAAAAGAGGAUUUUCUGUUUUUUCAGAGUUUAAAG